CAGAGGAAGUGUUUCUGCUUUUAGACCGUUUUUAAUUCAUCACCGACCGCCGAAUGAGCAGCGGCGACGUCCGCGCCGAGCGACGGUUUAUGAGAGGAAGCUCAAGGCUCCCGGUGCAACCAUGCCCGUCUCUCUGCUGUGGGCGGUGGACGUGUACGGGCGGGUCUACAGCCUGUCCACGGCGGGCCAGGUGUGGGAGCAGUGCCGCGAUGCCCAGAUGGAGUUUAAGCGUGUGACGGCGGCUCAGCAGUGCUGCUGGGGCAUCGCCUGCGACAACAACAUCUAUCUGAAUGUCCACGCUUCUGACCUGCCCGUCCGCUACCAGGAGGAGACCUACGAGAAUCAACGGUGGAACCCCGUCGAUGGUUUCUCGGAGCGCCUGUUGCCAAGCGACCGCUGGCAGUGGAGCGACGUCACGGGUCUGCAACACCAACCCCUGGACGACUUCGGGCUUCCCUCCACGAACUGGGAGUGGGAGGGCGACUGGCACGCGGAUGAGAACUUUGAGGGAGAGCCCACGGAGAAAGGCGGAUGGACCUACGCCAUGGACUUCCCCGCCACGUACACCAAAGACAAGAAGUGGAACUCCUGCGUCCGACGCCGGCGAUGGCUCCGCUACAGGACAUACAAAGCCAUGGACAGCUGGGCUAAGAUCCCCCCACAGCAGACGAGUCUUCCAGAUCCUUUCAGCGACAUCAGCUGUGGAGGUUGGGAGAUCAGUGACGAGCCCAGUGACCGACUGUCGCUGUGGGCCGUGUCUCUGCAGGGCAAAAUGUGGUUCAGAGAGGGAAUCUACCACCACAACCCCGAGGGCUCUUUGUGGGAGGAGGUGCCUCUCCCCGCGGAGGUGGUCCAGAUCAGUUGUGGCCCGGGGCAUCUGAUCUGGGCGGUCCUGUGGGAGGGGCAGUUCAUUGUCAGGGAGGGCAUUAGCAGAGACUGCCCCAAAGGUACCUCCUGGGCCGUGGUCGACUCUCCCAGUCCUGAUGUGGCAGCCACACACGUGGCCGUGGGGAUGAACGUCGUUUGGGCUUUGACCAAGGACAACAAGGUGUGGUUCAGACGUGGCGUGAACUCCCACAACCCUUGCGGCUCCGGCUGGAUCAGCAUGGUGGGAGAGAUGAUCAUGCUCAACGUGGCACUCAACGACCAGGUGUUGGCCAUCAGCUGUGAGGACCGGGCGGUGUACUUCCGCCAGGGCGUGACCUCCAGCGAACUGAGCGGGAAAACCUGGCGGGCCAUCGGCGUCCCCCGAGACGGAGACCGAUCCCACUCCAUUGCCAGCGCAAGCAGCCUGCAGAGCGCCGGGUGUUACUUCUCUGGUGAGGCGCGUGCUCAGUCAGUGGUGAGCGACGUGGAAUCGGACGCAGAGAAAGGAUCUCUGGAUGGAGCCGGCCGCCUCGUCGCCCCCAUCUCCUCCGUCUCCCCGGAGUUUGUCGGUGACCCGACGGAUCGCCCCGAGCAACCUAUAGACGCCCCCGAAGCCCGCAUCCCCAAAGUCACCAGCGACAGCUUCAUCUCUGAACUCGUCUCUGACCGAGAACCGGGAAAGAGCGCGAGGGAGGACGGUCCUCCGGGUGCGUCCGCACCGGAGGAGGAACCCAACCCCGGAGAUGAAGAGGUCGAAGUCCCCCGUGCUGGCGUAGCUAUCUCCUCCAGCCAGUCCGCAGUUGACCCCCAGUGGAGUAACGUUGACCUGGAGGAGGCGCAGGGCCAGCACGCCCAGACCGGAGCGGCGGUGGACUCGGCCGACACGUGCAGCUUGUCGUCGGUGGCCACGUACACUCUGGCCGCGGAGGACCCGUACGGCGCCGAUGAGCACCCUCUGUGGGCGUGGGUCAGCGGAGGCGGCUGCUCUGUGGACAGCCACUCCCAACUCAACUGGUUCAACUGCUCUAUGAACGCUUCAUCUUUGGUCCAGUCGGUCCAGUCCUUAAGUCUUUCGGUCACUCCGGCCCAGACGGCAGCCUGGAGGAGGCAAAUCUUUGAGCAACUCAGUGAGAGGACCAAAAGAGAGAUGGAUAGUUUCAAACAUUAUGAACAAGCCAUUGAACAGUCCGUGUGGGUGAAGAAGGGAACCAUGCAGUGGUGGAGAGACUGGAAGCCACACAAGUGGAUCGACGUCCACUUUGCCCUGGAGCAGUUCUCGGGACCCGACGGCAACAAGGACGGCAUCCUCUUCAUCAACUACAACUUCUACGAGGAGAAGAAGUACCUGCAUGCCUUUAUCAACGAGGUCACCGUCCUGGUGCCGGUGCUAAACGACUCCAAACACUCUUUUGCCAUCUACACUCCCGAGCGGACCAAACAGAGGUGGCCAAUCCGAUUGGCGGCGGCCACGGAGCUAGAGAUGCACGACUGGCUGGCGUUGUUGAGUGACUCGUGCUGCAACUCCAGAGGCAUUCAGGGUCCUCCCUCCAAACAGGCCGCCUGGUCCGUCACCUGUAAAGGAGACAUCUUUGUCUGUGAGCCCUCUCCCAGCCUGGAGGCCACGCCUUUCCCCACCGCCUGCGACCAGAUGUUCUGGCGGCAGGUCGGAGGCCACCUGCGCGUGGUGGAGUGCAACAGCGUCGGCAUCGUGUGGGGCAUCGGCUACGACCACACCGCCUGGGUCCACACCGGGGGCUACGGGGGGGGCUUCUCCCAGGGACUGGCCAGCAGCACGGAUAACCUUCACACACAGGUGGACGUCAAGAGCGUCUACAUCUACGAGAACCAGAGGUGGAACCCGGUCUCCGGCUACACCAACAGAGGGCUCCCGACAGACCGCUACAUGUGGAGUGACGCAUCCGGACUACACGAGUGCACAAAAACAAAUAUGAAACCCCCCUCCCCUCAGUGGACAUGGGUGUCUGAGUGGGCCGUCGACUACAGUGUCUCUGGGGGCACGGACAGAGAAGGCUGGCAAUAUGCAGCUGACUUUCCAGCGUCGUAUCACGGCUAUAAAACGCUGAAGGACUUUGUGCGUCGCAGGCGAUGGGCAAGGAAGAGUAAACUGACCAGCACAGGACCGUGGCAAGAAGUCCCGCCCAUAUCCCUGAUUGAUGUGACCAUCGUGCCGUGUGCAGCCCGGAGCAGCGUGGACGUAUUUCCUCUGUGGGCGAUCAGCAACAAGGGAGACGUGCUCUGCCGACUGGGAGUCACCACGCUGACGCCGGCCGGAUCCUCGUGGCUCCACGUGGGGACCGACCAGCCUUUCAAGUCCAUCUCCGUGGGGGCCGCCAGCCAGGUGUGGGCCAUCGCCAAGGACGGCUCCGCCUUUUACCGAGGGUCCGUCUCUGCACAGAGCCCAGCAGGAGACUGUUGGUACCACAUCCCCUCCCCAGGCAAACAGAAGUUGAAGCAGGUGUCGGUAGGGAGGACAUCCGUCUACACCGUGGAUGAAAACGGUAACCUGUGGUACCGCCACGGCCUGACCCCGAGCUACCCUCAGGGCUCCAGCUGGGAACACAUCUCUAACAAUGUACGCAAGGUCUCUGCAGGGCCUCUGGACCAGGUGUGGAUCAUAGCAGACAAGGUGCAGGGCAGCCAGAGUCUGAGCUGUGGAACAGUGUGCCAUCGACUCGGGGUCCAGCCUGUGGAGCCUAAAGGACAGUCGUGGGACUACGGCAUCGGGGGCGGAUGGGACCAUAUCACAGUGAGAGGAAACUCCAUGGAGCCGCAGCGCGUCCAUCUUCCCUCUCUCACAGCCCCGGCUCCUCCGAGCCCCCUCCCUGUCAGGAACACGGAGGUCAACGACGACGCUGUGGGAUCUUAGACACACACACACACACACACACACACACAAGUAUGUGUGUACUGUACAUAGCCACCUUAAACCAUAUUACUUUUGUAGAAAUAUGCAGUUUGUUGUCUGUAGUUCUCAUUUGAAGGUACUUCAACUUUUAACCCUGGAGUAGCAGCAGUGAUACUCUGACACAGGAAGUCGGGCCUUCUGGACUUUCAGAACAAUCUUAAAUGCUGAAGACAAUUUAUAGUCCACUUUACUCAGCUGUUCUGGCAUUUCUGUCUCAUUUGUUUUUCGGUCACUGACAUUGAACUUGAUGAUCUUAAUGCAUUUAAUUUUAUUUAUUUAUUUAUUCAUCAAGCCGUGAUAUUUCUGUCGGGUUAUGUGUAUUGAGUACCUCAAGUGUGGAAAUCAACGUGCAAGUGUGAAGUGGGGUUUCUUUUUUCUAAAAAGGGGAAGAAAUGGUGUACAUCAAGUAUAGUUGCUCACAGGUCCUGAUCACUGGUUCUAUAUAUAUAUGCUAUAUAUAUAAUAUAUGCUAUAUAUAUAUCUAUAUAUAUGCUAUAUAUAGAUAGAUAUAUAUUAUAUGCUGUAUAUAAUAUAUGCUAUAUAUAAAUAUAUAUAAUAUAUGCUAUAUAUAAUAUAUGCUAUAUAUAUAUAUAUAUAUUAUAUAAUAUAUGCUAUAAAUAUAUUAUAUAAUAUAUGCUAUAUAUAUAUAGCAAGCAGGACGACGUAUGAUGCAGGCAUCACAGGCUGCUAAUCUGCCUCACGUGUAUUCUUUUCGGCCACAGACUGCAGUGUGUGUCGUCCCCCCCCCCCCCCCCCCCCCCCCCCCGUUGGUUUCUAAUCACACAGCUUCCUGGUAGGACGUGUGAAGCCUUGUUUGGGGUGUAUUGCGUGCAACAAUCCAGACAAUUGUUUGGAGCCAGAGAAUCUAAUUUAGAGCGGUGGAACCCGGGCGAGAGACAAGCGACCCCAAAACAAGCUUUUUUCUGUUUUACUGGUGCAACUGGGACCCUGACAUCUUGUCGACUCGUGAACUCUUUGAAAGUGUUCCCGAUGACUUCAGAGCACUCUUUGAAGUCAUCGGGAACGCGUCUUCUGGAGCCAGCUUGUAGCCUCUGUAACGAGACCUGCUCCGGCUCUAUUUACCCGUGGUGGUUGCGGCUUGCCUUUGGUUUUUAUAAAGGAGUUAAAUGUU